AAAAAAUACAUGCAGCCUUGGAGUUGACAUUUUACAGUUUGGGUUUCCUGUUGUUUUGGCGGGAAAGUUAGAAGAACGCGCGCGCGCAUCUUAGCAAAAAACGUCUGACAAUUUAUUUUUUGCUUGUUUACAAAUUACGUUUUUCUAUCGCUCGAUGAUGUUUGGUGAAAGCCAUGCCUUUAAAGAAAUUUGAUUUUUUCUUCAAGCCAGACGUUCGGCUUGUAAUUCUACAAAAUACUGUUUACAAGAUCAAGAUAGUUUGCAAAAACAAAUUUGAAAGCAAACGCCUGAGUGUUCUUUGCAAGAACAAGAGUCCACAGUUAGAAAUUGAGAGAAUCAUAACAGCUGUGUUGUGCACCGAUGAACUUGAACCAGUUUAUACUGACUUGUUUAUCAUCUCUCCUAGUGCCAAGAAAUGGGAGGCUGCUGACCAGCUGCAAUUCCAAAGUAGUGGAAAACCACUUGAAAUCAGCCCAUAUGUUUAUGUGUUUAACAUAGCAAUAAAUCAAGGUGGUAAACACCGUAAGCAUCACUUGCAAGAGACUGUGAGAAUUGCACCACCAGCCUCAGUCGCGGUGCAAACAAGCCCAAAACGCAGGAUACGUUGCGGCGACAAUACAGUAGUGAACAGAGCCAAUGAAAAGGAAGACCAGGACUACCCUAAGCUGAAUGACGAGGAAAGUUCAAAGAAACGGCAUCUAGUGGAAGAGUAUGACCCCAAAAACCGUCACGACGUAGAAACUCAGUACUUGAGGGAGCAGCUUCGGUACCAGGAACUAGCGCGGCCAUCACGACCGUGUGAGGACAGUGUUAUGGACACAAGUAGCAGUUUUGACAAGAGAUCAAGGGGCUUUUUCGGGCUACUUCGAAAAUGGUUUGGGGAGGAAAAGGAUGAUCAAGAUUAAACAUACUUUCACAGUCAUUUUUCCUAAAGAAAUAAUGUGCAAAUCUCAGGAUUGUUGCACUAAUUUAAAUUAUAACAUUUGAGUCACUUGGUACAAAUUGUUAAAUAAUAGUGUAUUUGAACAAUACAGAAUGUAAUAUAAAUUUUUGAAUUAAACCAUUGCAAAAUAGAUAAAAAAA